CGGAGACAUGGAGCAAGAACGGGAGAGAAGAACAGUAGACGGAAAAAUCCAAAGAAAGCGACACAGACGUGGCAGCAUUUGAAUCAAGCAACCAAAGACGAGCCGCGACGAACUCUGAGUCUCACUCACCCGGCCAAUUUUUUCACCACAAGGAAGGAAAGGACAGAAAAGGUCUCAUCCAAUCAUACUCCGUUUCCCGGAUCAAUCAGUCAGUCGGUCGCCGGAUCCCCGACCAUGCCGCCAGCGAGAUCGACAACUCCGGCGGCGGCGUGCGAGAAGCUCCAGAACGCGCUACGGGAGUGCUACCGCCGCAUACCGGCGGGUCUAGGACGUGACGCCGCUUGCCGCCACCUCAAUCUAGGGCUAGCCAAGUGCCUCGUGUCGGCGGCGUGUCCGGAGGAGGCGGAGGCCGUUCGCAGCUUGUGCACGAGCGGCGGGACGGCACUAAAGAGAUCGCAAUGCCAGCAGGCCGAGCUCUCCCUCGCUGUCUGUCUGGGUUCCCAUCAGUAAUAGACAGCUCCUCGACAUAGAGAAAUUCAAAACCCUCGCUGCCCAUAAUCUACCUCGGAGACCCUCUAAAGCCAAAACCCAAAACGUGCAUCAAUCCAUGUCAGAAUCUGGAAUCCCCAGAGCUUCUGAUGAACUUCUUCAGUUCAGACUUCAGACCACUGCAAGUCUUUGUUACGUGAUUUUCACUACCAAGUUUUGAUAUGUAUAAGAUUGUAAAGAUGGUGCCUUUCAUUUUUCAUCCUUUACUUGGAAGAGAUCAGAGAGUUACUGACACACACAUCUUGUAUGAUUGUUUGAGACUGUUAGAAGCUAUGUUGAUUAUGAAUAAAGGGUAAAGAUCUGU